CAGCGGGCAGCGGCAGACGGCAGACCGGCAUCGGCAUUCGUUCGAUGAACACCUGACAAACUGUCAAGCAUAGUUGAUUUUUUCCAAAUUUAGCUAAUACUUCGAUGUCGUGCUCUAUAUCCCGGGUUUCCAAAGCAGAUCUAUGUACGUACCAUAAUUAUAAAUGACGGACAUGGACGAAGAGAAUCUCAGGGAAAAAGAGCUUUCCGCGUCGGACAGUGGUUCGAUCGAUUUGCCGCAAAGUAUUGUUGGGAACAUUGAUGAUGAACUGGACAAUUCAGUUGUUAAUUUAGGCAACUGCUCCAGGAAUGACGUGAUUCGCUCCUCAUUAGCUGAGCUGCCACAAGACUCACCGCUCUUGCCUAUUGUUCUGUUGAGCGAAAUAGACAUUCGACGCUUGAGCACUUUAGUGACCGUCUUUAAAGCUGGAAGUUCAGAUAUCAUCAUUGACUGCUGCUCCGUUUUCAAAGGCGAUUUCCUCAGGAACUUUCCUGCCCAAACCUUUUUGUUAGAGCCGGCUAUAGUGGAGUGCUUUAUCAAUGCUUGCGAGCAGAAUAUCGCUCUGGGGAGACACCCUGAUGUAGUUGUCAGUGCUUUGGAGUGUCUCAGGAGACUAGCCGAGUCCCUAACAGUGCAGAUUUUCAAGUACCAAGACCCAAAAUACGUUAUCAUCUCAGAGAAGGUGCUGGAUGUCAGUACAUCAAAGCACUCGUGGACCAUCCUGGAGUUUAUCUGGGCUGCCAUAACUGUCAGCGGCACUUGCAUUAGAAACACAGAGCAGUUUUCUAUUUUGAAUGAGGCUCUGUGUUUGUUAAAGACUGGUCUGGCGAUGCAUUUUGAGUUCUUCCCUUCUAGCUGUGCUGCCGAGAUUGGGAGGAUGUCAGUCCUCCUUGCAGACAUUUUGAACAGCAAACCACCUGCUUUUGCAUUCAUAAAGAUUUUACAAUUGAUAAAAAAGUAUGCGGAGGAAAAAUCUGAUACUUUGAAGAGGUCUCAAGUUUUGACAGAAGUGGUUCAAAGCUCUAUAAUCCAUGCUGGAAUUUGGCUCUUCAAUCCAAAGCUGUCGCAGUUCUUUGUAUCACAUCUGAGCAACUCGAGAAAUGACAAAAGGUUUUCAGAACUUCUGAGCUGUGUCACUGAAAUGGCACAAUCCAUUUCCUCAGCCUACAAACUGCUCUCAUUAAAGAAAGACAGUAUUUCAGAGGACCACUUGGAGCAGGCAGUAUUGAGUCUUGAUUUCAUACCAGACCCUAAAGUUGGUGCUGCUGCAGUUGAAGGAAUUGCAAGGGGGAAGACCAAAAGCAUGUCAAACACAAUACUCACCUUGCUCGCUCACCCAGUGGAGGAAAUACAACUUGCUGUUUACCAGAAAGUGCUCAAAAUUGUUGAAGGCAGCAUUGGCAGUGACCAGGCUAUCAACCCAACCCUAUAUUGCCCUGAAAAUAUUAUUUUCCUCUGUGACACCAACGUGCUUCAAGAGAUCAUCUCCUUUGGCUUGGAGCACUCAAAUCUCAAAAUAAAUUGCUGCUCAGAAGAUAUUAUUGUUUCCCUGAUCAGGUGUAGGCUUCUUGUUUCCCCUACUCUAUGGAGCCAGAUUGCCAGUGUGUUGAAUUUUCUUGCGCCUAUCCUCAUUGCUAAGGUGGAAGGAAGGAGGAGCAUGCAAGAUGUCAUUCUCAACUAUUAUGAGCUCGAAAACAGAAACUUGUCAAAGCUUGAGCUCAUAAAAGGCAACUCGUGUCUGAUGUUCAGUAAAAUUGAAGAAAUCAGAUCAGAGGCUACAAACAGAUUGCUGCUGCUGUUGAAGCAAGAUGAGAGAAGCUAUUUAAUGUGGCCUCAAACUUCAACCAUUCAAAUCACCAACCAUAACAUGGCAUCACUUUGUGUUGUGACAGACCCAAUUGAGCUCAGCUACUCUGCCCCUGGAAUAUUUUACAACGAGUCAAGCAUGAGACAAAUAGUGAGCUUGCUUGGACCAGGGGAUUCGGAGCCAACUAUUAAGUAUUCUGCGCUUUGCCAGCUGGCUGUGAUGAUAAAGGAGCCCAACCUUAUCACUCCAUUUGUGCAGUGCGAUGGAAUUGGAAUUUGUGUGAACCUGCUUGACCAAGCCUUGGUCCAGUCCAAAACGGAUGUUCUCUCAAAAUGCACGAUUCCAAUUAUAACAAUAUUGCUUCAAGUGUUGGCCAAAAACAUUUCUCUUGUCCAAGAACUGUCUCAGGAUGAAACCUUUGUUACAAACCUAAUAAGAGCUAUGUUUUUGUACUCCAGUUUUGACAGUGAUUUUAAAUUACACCACUCCGCUCUGCUGGCUUUAGUCAUCUGCUCAAGCUUCGUACUAAAGAAAACAAUGUCUUCUGGAGAAGACUGCUUGGUCCUGCCGCAUGCAAUUCUGUGCAACCUUUGCAUUCCUUUCAAUGCUCAAUCAUACAGCAAAGUCAGUAGCUACACUCCAAAGAAUGAAUGGUUACGCUUGAAAGCCAUGGUUGAAGACUACUCGACAGCUGAAAACCUGAGUCUCCUUCUCCGAUGCCAUGCAGCUAUAGAGCGAUACGGGUCAUUAAGCCUGGACAUUUUCAAGAAUGAGUCCAAUGGAACGUUGCUGACUAAAGAUGAAUACAAUUAUUUAGUCCAGUUUGACCCUAAAACUAUGCUCACAAGGGCAUUAAACUCUGUAUCGUCAGCUUUGGGUCACAACCAGGUGCUCUCAGUCUUACCGAUCAUCAUCAGCUACAUCCAGUGCGUCGAACAAGACGACGUAAAAACUCUUGCUUGGGAGGAAACUUUUAGCAGGUUCUUGAUGCGACCUCCUAGCACCCAGGAAGACUCAGACCUUUUGAAUGCAAUAUCCAAAAUUUUGGUCCGAUACAAGAUUUACCAUUGGAUAUCACCUAAAGAGCUCAUUUCAAAAUUGGACCAUCGGCAAGCUUGGUGCGUUCAAACAUUUGUGCCAUUGCUCCAAGCGUCUUUGCCUUUGAUGAGAGAGAAUGAUUUGUCCACCACCAUGAAGUUCUUGUGCAACUCUCUGGUACACAAUUAUCCAGGGAAAGGAGAAGGAUCUCUUAGAAUCAUUCUCACUUGCUUUCGGGAGUUGACAAGUCUUCAAAACGUGGAAAUCAGUUCUCGUUUGAUGGCUGACCUGAUUGUGCCUUUGGUCGAUACAGUGCACUCCUACAACCAAGACAUGACUUUUGUUGGCAUCAACUUGAUAGAACUAGCUCUUGACUGUUUGUUGGCAAUCCAAACGAACAACAUGCAGAGCUUCUUCCAGCACUUCUAUGUCUACAGUGAAAAUUGCGAUGUCAUGAACAUAAUCACUCACAUACUGAACGGGGACAAGUCUGAGCUAAAAGUGACCUGUCUUUCAAUUUUAACUGGUCUCGCCAAACAAAAUGGGUUCAAGGAAUUCUGGCUUGAUUUUGCAGCAUCGUUUGAAUCAGCUAUCAGCUUGGCUGUAGAUCUCAAAGAGAGUUGUCUCGUUCGUUGCGAAGCAGUGACACUGAUAAACUGUCUGCUCAAUUGCAAUCGGGAUGAUUCUGGGGACGAAAGCUGCACCUUCUUCUCUCUGCUGAAGUGCGACUGGUUCAGUCAUAUUAGUUUCUUGCACAAAGGUCUCUAUCUUGACUCGCAAUUCCACUUUUCAAGACUGACUUUAGUAUCAUCCCCAUCUUCUGAGUCUCCCAAUGGGCUUAUUAAGCAACUUGUUACUCCUGACUUUCUUGGAAUGCAUUAUGCUCUAUUGUAUAACUUGGUUAGCUCAACUGCCUGUGAUAAGAUUCUUAAAGAAAUCACAGUUCACAAGCUUUUUGAAAAAGCACUAAGUGUUCUGUCAAGUUGCGUCAGUGAAAGACAAGAGUCUCAGACCCAUGGUGUAUAUACACUUAUUAAUAACUGUGCAAAGUUCAUAGCCAUCUGCUUAAUCUCUGAUGAAGAUGACAAGAGUGGCUUCAUCUCCUCUGUUCUAGACUUUCCGUUUUUGGCCGCGCAACUGAUAAAAGUUUUGAACUAUCCAGAUUUUGAGCUGGUGUCAAACUCAAUAUUGUGGCUCAUAAUUGCACUGCUGCAAGGUGGGCAUUACACGUUGUUCGAAGAUGCUUUUCAACAAGGUCAAUUCUGGCCUGCACUUGUUACCGCUCUUCGAAACCCAGAGUCUGUUGACUCAGCCAUGCUUGUAAUCCGUGCCUUGACUAUAGAAGGGGAAGUUCAAUGCAGUCAUCUAGACAAUGACAAUGUGCUUGCUGAGGACCUAUGCAAAUGUCUGAUGAUCCAGUUAGCAACGGAUGAAACGCAUCAACAUUCAAUGGCUGCUCUGGCUGGACUGAUGACGACUAGCAGUGCUGUGAAACAUUGCGUUUAUAAAAUGGGCCUUUUGGAGAGUGUGAUCACUGCUCUCAAACAUUGCAUCAAUGGCCUCUCAAGAGAACAGGAUAUGAAACGCCUUUCUGCCACUAGAGAGGAAAAGAUUCACCCCCUGAUUGAGGAAUUAAUCGAUUCGUUUGAAUUGCUCACAUCAUUCAUCUCAAAUGAUGUAAAAUUGAAGAGAAGCGCAGGUCAGACUAUUUUGGCUGAAGAAAUCAACGUCCUCUGGCCUGUUUGUUUGAUGAACAGCAAACUCAUGAAUGCGACAGUUAAAUUCUUAAUAACAUUCACUAAAGAAUGCGAAAUGGCUUGCAGUGCUCUUCUUUUACGUAAGCAGCUGCUAACUGAUGUUCCAAUGAAGAUCCAUCCUGUCAGCGAUUCAAUUAUUCACCAGCUACUUAAAUUGUUGAGCUCAGAAUUGAAAUCUUCUAAAGCUUUGGACCUUGUUCAAAACUUGCUCACCAUCCUUUGCCAUUGCUGCAGUGCCACUGAUUGCCGAUCCGCUAUUGUGAAGGCACCCAUUCUGACCAAAAUCUUCAGCGAAAAUAAUGUCAUCAAUCAAAUGCAGCUUAAGACCCAACUUGGGAUUCUGCAUUUGCUAGAAAAUCUGUCAAGGUAUCCAGAAGGCCAGCUUUUUGUUGCCAGGAUUCCAGACGCUGUAGAUUUCUUGGCAGCCACAGCGUCUGCCAAAGGCAAUUCUGAUUUGGCAGUUGUGAGUGCUGGAAUUCUGCGAAACUUGUGCUUCUGUAAUGCUAAUCGAGUUUUGAUUUUGAACUCAAGCGUCAUCAUAGCUACCUUCCUGGAAAUUCUCGAAAGAGGUGACCCGGCAAAGGCAGAGCGUGUAGCUGUGGCCCUUUGGAGUUUGGCUGCCAACAAUCAUCGCACAAAGCAAGCGCUGAAAGCUGCAGGUUUUCCCUUAGCACUGUGUAAGGCAAAAUUAGCAUGUGCAGACAAUACCCAAAUUCUAAACUCAUUGGAUUCGGCAAUUAGCACAAUUGAGCGGUAGCGAUACUCAGAACCAUUAAGUUGUGUGCUUUGAGACAAACCGGUUGCGAAGAAAAAUGUGAUUGAUAUCUUUAUAUUGUUAUGUAUAGAGCGCAAAAAAAUAAUAUUUUAUUGCACCACAAAUAAAAAGAUCAAAUAUUUUCCUCUCA